GAACAACAUGGGGAGUGGUGCACAGCGAGGUGGGCGGGGCGGAGGGGGCCAGUGGGGAAACAGGCAACAGCAGCGGCCCGGCUACGGCAGCGGCGGCGCCAGUGGAAAUAGCCAACAGAGGAACUUUGGCCAGAGACGAUGGGAAGGGAACCAGUCAAGACCUGACAAUAGAAUGGACAACAGGCAGGAAGGUCGUGGGCCCGCCUCGGGCCAGCAGCCCUACGGCCGAGCGGCUGGAGACAACCGCAACCGGGAGGGAUCCUACAUGCAGCGGGGCGAGCCGCGGGGCAGCCUGAGAGGGAGCGGCGGUCAGCAGCAGAGGGGCGGAGCCAACAUGAGGCGGCCCGGCCAGGGCUUCCGACCGGGCAGUGCUGGAGGGGGGCGUGGCAGGGGUGGGGGCAGUGGUGGCGGUGGCGGAUGGUCUGGCCAGGGCAGCAAGGAUCAGUACUCCAGGUUUCAACAGACACCAAAAACAGGGCGUGGGGGUCGAAUGGGGGCCCGGGAAAACCAAGGAAGACACAGUCGAUCCUUCACGAGAUAGAAAGCAUCGAAUGCAGACAUCUGUGAAAUUAGAAAUGCCUGUAGUACAAACCGCUUGCUUCACCACACCUUCACUGCACACACCAAACACAUUUCAGCAUUCACAUGGAAGUGUUACUGUCCCAUCGGACAGCAGGGGUUGAAGAGUGUGUACACCUGUACCAGUGUAUCAUGUGUACCCACGCCAUGACAUCGGAAACUAGACCAACUGACGUACUCCUGUGGCAUGCUUUUUUUGUCGGACAUCUGAAUACGUGAGCAACGUACAUGAAGAGAAGGUGUGCAUUAUAUGAGCUCUGCUUGAAACUGCUGGAACUGGAUAAUUUGUCUCGUUAGACAUACAUGUACCACACCUGACGUGUUUUGUCGAAGUGGAAGGACUGUUUCGCCAGUGGAAAACUGUGAGUUGCGAUGUCAGUGUUACAAAAAGGUUACUCUGACUUGCCAGAUCACAUGGCUGUAAGGGAGCAUCUUGUAAGUUAAAAUGCUGUUGUAACACCGAACACUCACUGUUCCUACUGAGAAAUAAUGUGUUUUCCUGAAGUCAUCUGGAUGGGCCAUGCUAGUUUUCUCACCCAGGUGACAUAGGAGGCCGGUUGCAAAGUUUCUACAGACCACGCGCAGACCUCAGCUGUCUUUGACAGGAAUGCCAGAACUUCUUAUCUCAAGCAAUUAGUUUUUCCACAUUGGUGACUCAGUCCAGCGAAACGAGUCACAAGUGGGAAGAAGUGCUUCUGCGUAAUGAGUAUUUUGCCAUGUCUCUCACUGUGGAAAUCAGGUGUCAUUGCUUUUGAUCACCUAAUGUCGGUAUUCAUGAGCAUGUCAGACUGAGGGAGACAUCCGGUUGAAAUGGAAACAAAAUAAGACUCAGUUUGUGGGAUCCAGUCAUUUUUUUCGACACCAACUGUUUCAUUUAAUCCAGGGCAAUUGGCCACACUUCCUAAACACCUAAGGACAACAAUAAACAAAUCAGAAAUCGGCAUUUGUUGUUUACUUUUGUUUAUGACACAAGGAGUGCAACAUGUCAUUUGAGUUCAUUUGAUAAAUUCGGCAAGGAGUCACCAACUGAGCUGUAUUAUACUUGCUUGUCACUGGCUGCCACUUGAACUGACCAAAAAAUGAUGAAAGUAAACAAUAUGUGGACUAACAGCGUACUGGAAAACUAUAAAAUAAACUGUCACCAUGUUUACUACGAACUGUUAAUGCGCUUUCAUGAGAUUUGACACAUACAGGGAGUAGACAGAAAAUAUGAAUGCACUGAUGUUCAAUAAACAGACCAGCAGUGUUGAAGAA